AUGCCCGCACAGCCUUUACUUCAGGACUCCGUUGUCAUUGUUGGUAGUGGCAUCUCAGGACUUUGUCUUGCUCGAGCUCUAGCACGCAGAGGAGUCAAAUCAGCCGUACUAGAGAAGAGAUCUCGGGAUGCUGCAAUUGGUGGAGGCGCUUCGAUAGGAGUUUUCCCAAAUGGAGCGAAGUGUCUUGAUGAGCUUGGGCUGUUAGAUGAGGUCCUCAAGUUCGCCGAUCCUCUUCAAACAGCAUCUCUAUGGAGUGACGGUGUUUUGCUUCGACGAAGAUUGUUUCCGCAGAUUGUUACUCGAAGGCUCGGUUACCCAAUACUAUUUCUCCGCAGGCGAAUACUGCUCGAUAUAUUAUAUAAAGAUAUACCAGAGGGUCUCGUUGAUUUCUUUUAUGAAAAGAAUGCCAAAUCAAUCAAGCAAACACCAGACGGCGUCUCGGUUCUCUGUGGUGAUGGGACCGUUCUUCGUGGGUCGCUAGCCGUCGGAGCCGACGCCGUUCACAGUGUUAUACAAAGCCACAUUCGCUAUCAAGCACCAUCCCACUCAUUAAGAUCGUUCUCUGCGCCAAAAUCAUGUACCGAGUUUUCAUGCUUGUUUGGGAUCUCUAAAUCCACCGACAAAAUGACCAAGGAUACCCUCCACCAAUCAUACAACCAAGGAUUUGCUGUGACAGCCAUCAGCAGCCUGAAAGAAACAUACUGGUGUGUUUAUCUCCACGAACUACCUUCUGAGCGACGAUUUGGGGGUGAUGGCAGCGGAUCAAUCGAAGCAUUCUUGCAACCCAUCUUACACAAAAGAUUUGCCUGUAACAUCACCCUAUCUGAACUGCUGGACACCGCUUCAGUCUGCCAUUUAUUUCCGCUGGAAGAACGACUCUGUGAGAAAUGGUACCUUGGUCGACUCGUCUCUAUUGGCGAUGCCGUUCACAAAAUGGUUCCAAGUUUGGGGCAAGGUGGCAACAUGGCAAUGGAAGAUGCCAUGUCCCUUGCUAGAUCGUUACAAGAACUAUUCCGUUUUACAUCUCAUCCCGACUCUGAUGACAUCGAGCGUUGUCUUAUGGCAUGGCAAACCGAGCGUUUUGACAGGGUCAAGAAGGCCUGGUUUACCUCUCACCGACUCAUUCGACUGGAGACAUUUGCGUCCACAAACUAUUAUGUCUUGGCCCGAUUCAUUUUGCCGUUUCUGGAUAAUUAUAUUGCAAACCUGUUGUGCACCCUGUUUAGAGAAGAGGAUGAUUCAAAGCGGCCGGAAUCAAGGGUCCUGAAUGCCUACCUUCCGCAAGUCUUCGCCCCCGCCUGUUGGAUGUUGCUACUUCUGCUGGCACUAGGAGCAUAUAGCUAUUCAGGUGUCGAAUAA